AUGAAAUUGGAGGAUCAAUUAUUAAAAGCUCAAAAACUUGUGAUUGAAAUACAUUUAUCUCAAAUUUUAUUUGAGAAAUUAAAGAAAAUUUUUGAAUUAAAGAAGUAUUCCUUUUUAGUAUUUGAAAUUAAUGUUAAUAUUUUAGUUGCAUCAAAUCUAACAUUAAAGGAUAUAAAUCUAAAUAAUAAGAACUGGUAA